UAUGAUAUUGUUAAGGAAGUAUUUAAAUGUGAAUGUUGUUAUUUACAUGUAGACUGGUUGUUUUGAAGGAAACGUUGUAUAUUUGUUGUUGAUCUAGUUAUUGAUGCAUGCACUUGUAUAAUUAUUAAAUCAAAAUUAGUGACUCAGUUCAAAAAUUCUCCAGUUUAACAAUAAAGCAAAUAAAGGGGAACUAUUGUAAAUUAAGAGGAAUAUUCAGAUAAUUAUUACGACUUUAACCGAAGAUUCUUGUUUUUUGCUGUGAUCAGAGUACUAAUGUUUGUAAUAUGUAUAAUAUGUAUUUAAUUUAUUUGUUAAAGGAUUUACUUAGUGAUUGAUGAUUAUAAUUAAUAUAUUUGAUAAUCACAUAACCUUAUAACCGAUAUGGCGGGAAAUACAAAUGAGGCUCUAGUGCAAAAUGAUAAAAUCGAUAAUUUGAAAGCAAGUUAUCUAUUUAUUUAUCAAAAUUUACAGUUCUCUAAAAGUCAGAAAUCAGACGUUAAACAAGCUGAUAUUGAUAGAAGGUGUUCAUUUUUAAAGUUCGUAACAUCAAAGCAUAGUAUCAAUGCUGAAGCUGCUAGUUCCUUGUUACAAGAAGAAUUAACAAAAUAUGCAGAUUUUUUUGACAGUCAAAAUGGUUUAAAUAAUUAUUGGAAACAGUUCAACUCAUUAAACGUCACAACAAAUAAUGAUCCUUUGGAAUGGAAAUUGAACUUGAGUGAUACAGAACAGAUGUUGCAACAUAUAGAACCAAUAUCUUGCAAUAACAGCUCAAUAUUACCAUGCAAAAAUGAACAGCUUUGUGAAAGAGAUAUAGAAAAAGUGAUGAAUUGGUGGAGAAAUGGUGAAGUAUCGCCAAGGACAAGAAAGAUUUCAAAACAGAAACAAGGGUUGGUGCAAAAUAAAGUUGUUAAUAAACACAUAGAUGACAAGUAUAUAUUAUCUAAUUUUGAAACAAGUUUUGAACCUAAAAAAAAAGAUAAUAAAAUAAUGGUUGAUUCAAGAUUAUCAUUUACUCCUGCAAAGCAAUUGUCAAGUAUUGAAAAACAGUUUUCAAACAUUGAAAAGCAAUUAUCGAAUGCUGAAAGGCAAUAUUCAAAUACUGAAAAACCACUUCUAAAUAGUUAUAAGCAAUAUUCAAAUAGCGAAAAACAAUUUUCAAACAGCGAUAGACAACUUUCUAAUAGUAAAAGACAAUGUUUCAAUGCUGAAAGACCGCCAUCUAAUUCUGACAGAUCAUUUUCAAAUUGUGGAAAGGCAUAUACAAAUAAAUCAAGUUUUACAACUUCCAAAAAUCAUAGUAUAUCUGACAAGAAUGUAGAAAAAUGCUCAGAUGAUAGAUUUGGAAGUUUCAAAACUGCCAGAACAGCAUUAAAUAUUCAACAAGUUAAAAAAAAUAAUAUGCAAGUAACCAACAGAAAUCAACAACCACCAAUUAAAAAGUCAUUGGGUGGAAAAGCAGUGAAUUCUCCAUAUGUGUGCCCAUUCAAAGAAAAUCAGCCAAAAGAAGAGGAAGUUGUUGAGCCAACAGACGAACGAUUGAAAAGUGUAGAACCGAAAAUGAUAGAACUUAUAAAAAAUGAGAUAAUGGAUUGUGGCAAUCCCAUUGCAUGGGAUGACAUAGCUGGAUUAGAACGCGCUAAAAGGAUUAUUAAAGAAAUUGUCGUAUAUCCUAUGCUCCGACCCGAUAUUUUUACAGGAUUAAGGAGGCCUCCCAAAGGAAUUCUUCUAUUUGGCCCACCAGGAACGGGAAAAACAUUAAUUGGCAAAUGUAUAGCUUCUCAGAGCAAGUCGACAUUUUUUUCCAUUUCUGCUAGUUCACUUACUUCGAAGUGGAUUGGAGAGGGCGAAAAGAUGGUUCGAGCACUUUUUGCAGUCGCUCAAGUGGAACAACCUUCAGUUAUAUUUAUUGAUGAAAUAGAUUCUUUGUUGUGUCAACGAUCAGAAACUGAACAUGAAUCUUCAAGGAGGAUGAAAACUGAAUUUUUGGUGCAACUUGAUGGUGCGUCGACUGGUGAUGAAGAUCGUAUUUUAGUGGUAGGUGCUACUAACAGGCCGUAUGAGCUAGAUGAAGCAGCACGCCGAAGAUUUGUAAAACGGUUGUACGUUCCUUUACCGGAAUUCGAAGCAAGGGCACAAAUCGUGCGCAAUUUGUUAAAAACAGAAUGCCAUGAUCUCACCGAGGAAAACGUUUGUCAAGUUGCCCAAUUAGCCGAUGGCUAUUCAGGAGCUGAUAUGACGAAUCUAUGCAAAGAAGCUAGCAUGGGGCCUAUAAGAAGCAUCCCUUUUGAUCAACUUGAAGAUAUUAGUAAGGAAGAUGUUAGAAAAGUUACUUUUAACGAUUUUAAAGAAGCUUUAGAUACUAUUCGACCGUCAGUUUCUCAAAAAGAUUUAUCUGUUUAUAUAGACUGGGAUCGUACAUAUGGUACAGCAAGUGUUCAAACUAAGUAAUGUCAUUAUAUUUUAUAAUUUAAUAAAAGUACAAAUAAAAAAUAUUCGAUACAAUGACAUGUACAAAUUGUAUGAGUUUUGUUACAUUUACUUAUAGUUAAAUCAAAAACAUUUUAUUAAAUAAUUAUUCUUUUAAAUUUCUUUUAAGGA